AUGAAUAUAUUUCAGGCGUUUGCUGCAUCAUUUUAUGAUAAUUUACGUGGUGCGAUGUCAAAUGUCGAACGAGGUUUCGAAAAACUAAUAACAGAUGUAGUAACAGAUGUUGCCGACACCGUACAUUGUACUUUAUCUGCAGUUGAGCAAGUGUUAGUUCUCAAAGGGGUUCUUGAUAAGACUUCUGCAUAUAACUAUCGAUGUAAAGGUUUACCACAUCAUACAGUUUCCCCUAUCAGUUUUACAGACAGAGGUUUUAGAAGUCCGCUCGAUAAGUUUAAAAGUCAUAAUGUUCCUUCUCAACGUGAUUUAUUUACAAGAAAUAUAUCUAUGGAAUUAGGACGUUCUCUUGCAAAUACAAAUAAGACAAUUAAUCAUAUUCUUAAGCAACCAAUACAUAUGGACAGACAUAAGUCCAAAAUUCUUCACGAUAAUACUCGUCGAUUAGUUGAAAUAAGUGACUUAUUGAAGAAGGAAGUGGCAAAAUUGUCCAAUAAUACAAGAAUUAAAAUAGAAAAUGUGUUUUAUAAUCGCAGGAACUCCGUAGAAUCACUUUGGGGUAAAAAUAAAACUUUACACGACAUUCAAUACAAUAGCAAUAACCCAUCUGAAAUAAAAGAAAUACGCAAUGUAUUAGAUACAGUUGUAAAUAAGUUUGACUUACCCUCGGAUAGCCAUAAAGCUACAGGAAAUUAUGACAUGGAUGAUAUAAAGAAACAAUUGGAAAGAUUUUCCACUACUAACAUUAAUCACCGACAAAUUGAUGAUCGAUUAACGCAAGAGUUUGGAGUACAUGAUCCGCCUCACAGAGGCUCAACGGUAAACGCCGUGCCAAAAACUUUUAAAGAAGCUACUUCUCAAAUUAUUAAUCAUAAUAAUGCAGGACGUAAAAAAUCGAAUAGUAACCCAGUAAAUUCGGAAAAAUCUGUAUUUAAUUUCGAUAUGACAUCACUUGAUAACUUCUCACCGUUUUCAAAUGCAGGCUCAAAUCAUAAAGAAAGCAUAGACAAUGCUAGGACAUUAAUUCAAGAAAGUCAACGGACUGAUAAAGCUCUAAACAACUUGUUUCAAACACACAAAGUAGGAGCGGAUCUUUUCAGUAAUUCCAAUUUUUUUAACUUUCGU